UUGUGGAAACUGGAAACUGGAAAGACUAAAGAGAGAGAGAGAGGCAGUCGGAACACUGCUCGCGUGGCGCAUUAUAGCCAACCGACAUUUUACCAAAAGAAACGGGUGAUACGUAAUAGCGAUUAGCGAACCUUCCAACUGCAAAAGGUUUUGUAGAUCGGAGGUUAGGGCUAGGGUUUUAAAGAUGACGACCAUGGAGAGCUUGAUUGGCUUGGUGAACAGAAUUCAGAGGGCUUGUACAGUCCUCGGCGACCAUGGUGGUGAUAACGCGCUGCCUACACUUUGGGAAGCUCUUCCUUCAGUCGCCGUUGUUGGAGGACAGAGUUCUGGGAAAUCUUCGGUUCUGGAGAGCAUUGUUGGGCGUGAUUUUCUUCCCAGGGGAUCUGGUAUCGUAACGAGGCGACCUCUGGUCUUGCAGUUGCACAAAACAGAAGAGGGUCAGCCGGAGUAUGCAGAAUUUCUUCAUUUGCCAAGAAGGAGAUUUUCAGAUUUUUCUAUGGUUCGCAAGGAAAUUCAGGAUGAAACUGAUAGAAUGACAGGAAAAAAUAAGCAGAUUUCAUCGGUUCCUAUUCAUCUGAGUAUUUAUUCUCCAAAUGUGGUCAAUUUAACAUUGAUUGAUUUACCAGGAUUGACAAAGGUUGCUGUAGAGGGCCAACCUGAAAGUAUUGUUCAAGACAUUGAAAACAUGGUUCGCUCUUAUGUUGAGAAGCCUAACUGCAUUAUACUAGCAAUAUCUCCUGCCAAUCAAGAUAUUGCAACAUCUGAUGCUAUCAAACUUGCUAGAGAAGUUGAUCCAACAGGUGAAAGGACAUUUGGGGUUUUGACAAAGCUGGACCUAAUGGACAAGGGAACAAAUGCACUUGAUGUUCUUGAAGGAAGAUCCUAUCGCCUGCAACAUCCUUGGGUUGGAAUUGUAAAUCGUUCACAAGCUGACAUUAAUAAAAAUGUGGACAUGAUUGUUGCCCGGCGGAAGGAGCGCGAGUACUUUGCAUCUAGUCCUGAUUACUCCCACUUGGCUAGUAAGAUGGGUUCAGAAUAUCUUGCAAAGCUUCUCUCAAGGCACUUGGAGGCUGCAAUUAGGGCACGCAUACCAAGUAUCACAUCCUUGAUAAACAAGACCAUUGAUGAACUUGAAGGAGAGAUGGAUCACCUUGGUAGGCCUAUUGCCGUUGAUGCAGGGGCUCAGUUGUAUACUAUCUUAGAACUUUGUCGUGCAUUUGACCGGAUAUUCAAGGAGCAUUUGGAUGGAGGGCGACCUGGUGGUGACCGAAUAUAUGGAGUUUUUGACAACCAGCUCCCUGCUGCUUUGCGGAAGCUUCCAUUUGAUCGACACUUGUCUUUGCAGAAUGUUAGAAAAAUUGUUUCAGAAGCAGAUGGUUACCAACCCCAUUUAAUUGCUCCUGAGCAAGGUUACCGCCGCCUUAUUGAGGGGUCUUUAAAUUAUUUUAAAGGUCCAGCUGAAGCAACAGUGGAUGCUGUCCACUUUGUCUUGAAGGAGCUUGUGAGAAAGUCAAUAGGAGAAACACAAGAGUUGAAGCGCUUUCCAACACUUCAAGCUGAAAUAGCACAUGCUGCCAAUGAAGCUCUUGAAAGGUUUCGUGAAGAGAGUAAGAAGACAACACUUAGAUCGGUGGAUAUGGAGUCAUCGUACCUAACUGUGGAUUUCUUCCGGAAACUCCCCCAAGAGGUGGAGAAAGGGGGGAACCCUGCUGCUUCAACUGCAGACCGGUAUUCAGAGGGUCACUUCAGGAGAAUUGGGUCAAAUGUGUCCUCUUACGUGAAUAUGGUGUCUGAUACGCUCAGGAGCACCAUUCCAAAGGCAGUUGUUCAUUGUCAGGUUCGGGAGGCCAAGAGGUCUUUACUCGAUUACUUCUAUGCACAAGUUGGGAAGAAAGAGGGCAAGCAGCUUUCACAGUUGUUGGAUGAGGAUCCAGCAUUGAUGGAGCGGAGACAACAAUGUGCCAAGAGGCUUGAGUUGUACAAGUCAGCAAGGGACGAAAUUGAUUCUGUUUCCUGGGCUCGAUGAGAUAUAUGGAUGUUUAUAGAGGCCUUGUAUCAUAGUUUAACAAAUGUUGCAGUCUCUUUACCGAGAAAACAAUGUUAAGGCUUGCUGGUUAUGUUGGAUCGAAUGACCAGUUCAUAUUCUUUUUUUUUUUUGUGCGAUUUUAUAUAAUAUUUUGUUUUGACAUUGUUAUUGCUGUUCUUUUGUAUUCUAUUAUAUUCUAUUCCAUUCCAUUUGUAGGUUUGUAUAUUUUUAGAGUAUAUAGCCAGUAUCAACGUUGAAUACUUGGGUUUUCAA